AUGACCCUGGUGCUGCCCAUGCAGCGGCUGAGGCCGCCCAUCGCCGCCGAGGGAGCCGCCGACCUCGCCGCCUACCGCGCCCUCUGGGAGCCGCCCUGCUGCGGCCGCCCCGCCCCGCCCGCCCCCCGGCCCGCCCCGGCCCGGCGGCCCCCGGGCCCCCCGCAGGCAGGAUCACAUUACAGGGGAAUUUCAAAUCCUGUAACAACAUCCAAGAUCACAUACUUUAAAAGGAAAUAUGUGGAAGAAGAGGAUUUUCAUCCACCACUCAGCAGCUGUACACAUAAAACAAUCUCCGUGUUUGAGGAGCGGGCCCAUAUUCUUUACAUGUCUUUGGAAAAGCUGAAAUUCAUUGACGAUCCUGAAGUCUACCUGCGGAGAUCCGUCCUCAUCAACAAUCUAAUGAAGAGAAUUCAUGGAGAGAUCAUCAUGCAGAACAAUUGGUGCUUCUCCACCUGCUCCUUCAGUGGCACCUCACCACAAGAGUGGUUUGUGCCUCAGGACUGUCCAUACAGAAAACGCCUUCGGAUGGCAAAGGAGGAGUAUGAGAAGCUCCACAUGUGCUGCUUCUAUCAAGAAUGUGGCAGUCACUAUUUAAAUCUACCCUACUCUGUUAAUGCUGGUACAGAAAAUACUUCCUCCUCUUCCUCCUCCUCCUCUUCCUCCUCUUCCCCCCCCAUUUCUUUGCCAAGCUGUUCCCAGCAGGUGGAUUAUGACGUUGGCAGUGCACCUUCUUACAGAAGUGAUGACCAGAUACCUGCUAAUGAAAUAUUCAUCACUAAUGGCAGGUCUCACAGUAAUCAGGAAAAAGCAAAAUUUAAUGAUGAGAAAGGAGGUAAUGAACCUGAGCAAGGGAGCGCUGCUCUAAACUGUGAACCUGUUAGAGGCACCCAUGCUGUCGAAUGUAGAGGCAAAUUUUAUGACUAUUUUGAGACUGGAUGUAAUGACAAGAGCAACGUAAGUGAAUCUUGGAAAAAAUCCUUAAGGAAAAAGGAAUCUUUACCAAGUAAUAAAAUGUGCUGCAACAAAGGAAGUAAAAUAUGAGGCAUCUUUCUUGCUCUGUUGAAGCAUGCACAGCACGUUCUUUCUCUAUCAAAUUUUUAUUUUGAAUGGAUUUUUUAUAGUUUUCUACAAAUGGUACAAUCAUGCCACAAACAUGGCAUGUAGUUCUAAAUGACUGGAGAGCAGAUUGCGUAAAGAUACUCUGUGAUCUGCAUCAGCGGGCUAUUUAUAAAUAUGGUGACUUCAUAAAGGACGCAGUUGCGUUACUGCUGAGACUGGUGUAGCUAUGGUGUAGCUUUCAUUACUGAAAAUGCCAACCAGCCAGAUGGGGAAAACAUAUCGUUUUAUAUAUCCCCGCCCCCAAGAAGUCUGCCAUUAAUUAAGAAGAACCUCCAUUAUGUUUACCAAGGAAUUAGAAGUCUGGUAAACAAAUUGAUGCUACCAGCAAGGAUGAUGUGCUCCUUGUAACUCGGUGUUCCUUCUGACAAAGGACUGUCUUCAUGGACUAGGAAUAAACCAUCCUUAUGUUUUGUACUGAUACUCUUGAAUUCCUGGAUUCAGCGUCUUGUUCAACUGACAAAAUAGGACAUAGCAUAAAGAAAUAACCUGUUUAUGGGAUCUUAAUAAGAAUGAGACAUGCAGCUCAAGUACUUGCAUGUUUUCACCUCGGCUGUAAUAACUAAUGAGGCUUGUUAUACAGGGCAGAUUUUUUUUUGGUGCCUUACGUUUUGUCUUAAUUUUUGCCAGCGUGAAAA